UAUUUUUUGUAUAUAAUUUUACAACAAUGGGCGAAAUAUAAAAUUUUAAAUGAUUUUAUAAACAUCUGGCUACUCCCCCUCUUGGUGACUCGACCCCCGCUGCUUUAUAAUCCAUCACUAAGUAUAAACAGUGUUAUUGAACCGGUGAUUGAUUCCUUCGUCAUUAGUAUUUCCGAUUACCCUGAAGGCAGCACUGUUUAGUGGGCGUGGCUUAGAAAAGCCCCAGUGUGAGUCAUGAUUCUCCUGAGCGCUUCAGACAGCAGAGCCGCCGCCGCAGCACCGACACUCCGCUUUGAAAACACGGAAUAAGAAAUAACGGUAAAAUAAUCAAAUGUGUUUCCGGUCGCUGUGACUGAACACCGGAUCCGCGGCUCCAUGGUCUAUCAUCUCCCGGGGAUGCAAACGGAGGCGCACAGCGUCAGGCCGGGCCAGCUGCUCGACAUGUUCGACUCGUCGUGGAAGGUUCGGAGCAUAUGGGACGGGGUGAGGCUGGAGCUGGAGCAGGACCGGAGCCCGGUGGUCCUCCACAGCUUCACACACCUGGACCCGGACCUGCCGCUGCUGGAGAGCUCGACGCAGGAGAUCGGCGAGGAGGCCGAGGACGACGCCAUCUUCACCAUCACGCUGAGGAAGGUGCAGCUCCACCAGUCGGCCAGUAAGGGGCAGCGAUGGCUCGGCGUGGACACGGACUCCGCCCUCAGCCUCUACGAGACCUGCAAGGUGCGGACCAUCAAGGCGGGCACGCUGGAGCGUCUGGUGGAGUACAUGGUGUCGGCGUUCAGGGGCAAAGACUCCACCUACGUCACCAUCUUCCUCUGCACGUACCGCUCCUUCGCCUCCACCCGCCAGGUGCUGGACCUGCUGCUGCACAGGUAUGCGAAGCUGCAGAACGUUCCAGCAGCCACAGCACACAGAAUCUCUCAGGACGAUUCCACAGAGCUGAGAAACACUGUCUCGUCCAUCCUGGGCGCCUGGCUGGAUCAGUACUCUGAGGACUUCUGGAGUCCUCCCAACUACGACUGUCUGCACCAGCUGAUGUCCUACCUGCACCGACACUUCCCCGGCUCCGACCUGGAGCGCCGCGCGCGCAACCUGCUGGCCCACUUCCACCGCCGACAGCAGUGUGAGCCCGAUCCCGAUGGGGAGCACAUCGGCUGCCCUUUCGCCACGCAGGAAGAGAGCGGCUUCGAGGACGAGCUUCCUGCCUUCAGUUUCCUGUCGUUCGACCCCAUCAUGGUGGCAGAGCAGUUCACGCUCAUGGACGCGGAUCUAUUUAAGAAGGUGGUGCCCUACCACUGCCUCGGGGGGAUCUGGUCUCAGCGGGACAAGAAGGGGAAGGAGCACCUUGCUCCCACCAUCAGAGCCACCGUCGCUCAGUUCAACUCCGUCACCAACUGUGUCAUCACCACCUGCCUGAGCAACCCCGCGCUGAAGCCCAAUCAGAGAGCGCGGCUGCUGGAGAGGUGGAUCGACGUGGCGCGGGAGUGUCGGAUUCUGAAGAACUUCUCCUCGUUGCGAGCCAUCCUCUCCGCCCUGCAGUGCAACGCCAUCCACCGCCUGAAGAGGACGUGGGAGGAAGUGUCCCGGGAGAGUUUCCGCACCUUCCGCGAGCUGUCAGAGAUCUUCUCCGACGACAACAACUACUCGCUCAGCCGAGAGCUGCUGGUCAAGGAGGGCACCUCUAAGUUCGCCACGUUGGAAAUCAACCCCAAGCGAGCUCAGCGGAGACACCAGCAGCAGAGAGACCUGGGAGUGAUGCAGGGGACCAUCCCUUACCUGGGGACCUUCCUGACCGACCUGGUGAUGAUGGACACGGCCAUGAAGGACUACACCGAGGGUGGUCUGAUCAACUUUGAGAAGAGAAGAAAGGAGUUCGAGGUGAUCGCUCAGAUCAAACUGCUCCAGUUGGCCUCUAACAACUACAGCUUCACUCAGGACAGCCACUUCAGAGAGUGGUUCGCAGGCGUGGAGAAACUCAGCGAGGCAGAGAGCUACAAUCUGUCCUGUGAGAUCGAGCCUCUGUCGGAAUCGGCCAGCAACACGCUGAGAGCCAAGAAGAACGGAGGGAUCAUGAAGCGCUGGAGCGAUCGUCAGCUGACGGAGGCCGGUUGCAGCGCCUCCAGCUCCCACUCAAAGUCCUUCGACCACUCGCACUACAGACCGUACCAAGGGGGCGGGGGGGCGGGGGACAGCGGCGACGCCCUCAGCGUGACCUCGGUCAGCUCCAGUGGUUCAGACCUGGAGGACGUGAACGCCAGCUUCCUGUCCGACUCCCCGGAGGGCCAUGAGAGGAAGGUCGGUCUCACAUGUACUCAUCUGCUCUGAUGUCACCUCCAAGCA